AAUGCGAUAGUAAAUGGGUCUUCAGCCGUGGCUUCAAGCAUAAGACCCGGCGAAGCUCUGGUCGGUGCCCGUGAUGGUGUGUACAUGCGUGUUGCUGUGCUGCAUGGUGAUGUGGACCAGUCAAGAAUGUUUCGCUGUGUCUGUCUCGAUUACAAUGCGGUUUAUAAUUUUGAGCGAAGCGAGCUGUUCCCUUUGCCAGAUGGAUUCUCCGUUAAUGAAGUGCCUACGAACACAUUCUUGGGUCGCAUACGUGGCACACAUUAUAUAUAUGAUGAUAAGAAACGCAGAGAGGCCGCUCAUUUGAUUAACUCUAAUCAGCCGAUUAGUGGAAAAUUCGAUACCCGAAGGAAGAAUCUCAAGAACAGUAUUGUUUGUGGAAAGUGUGGCUCUGAAAUCUCGACAAGAAAGGGUCAAAGAGACAAGAAGAGAGGACGAAAGUUAAGCGCAUCAGAGGAAGUGAAAUCUUGGAAUGGAGGCCACCUGAAGGAAACAAUUACUGACGCCGGCUGUCGCCGUGUUCCCAGUGUUACUGAGCAGCUCAUGUCUGUCGCUCGGAAGAUGCAUGCUAGAGAUGAGCAGGAAGUGGAGGAGCGUGUUCUGAGUGACGACGGCGCGCAAGGUAAAAUAUGGUCUCCGAGCCCUGAAAGGCGUGAUUCACGUUCAUUGGAAGAUGUCCGGAUAUCUCAAAGGCUCGAAGUUGAGGCAGACAUGAGAACGUUGACUCCUGAUCAUGAAACAACAAGAGGAACAGAUGGACCUUCUGACCGUGAUAUCGAGGGGAAGGAAAAUAUAGAUAGAAAUGAGUUCAAGAAAACUCCACGGACAAUUGAUUACUUCUCGAUUAGAAAUGCAGAGGAAUGUGAAGCCGUACAAUGUUGCAAGCCGGAGACAGAAAGGAAAACGGUAUUUUCGGGUCAAGCUGCAACCACAAAAUCGGAUGGUUCGGGCAAAGUCGCGAAAUCUAAUGAUAAUGAUGUACAGCAGAAAAAGGUCAUAGAAGUUAAUUCUGACAUAGGAUCUAUUACAAGUGCUACAAAGAACAAGCACAAUUCAGAAGAUCGUGAACGAUUCAGCCCUGAUAGAGCGGAACUACCACCUCCAUUGUUGGUGCAGAGUACGAUUACAAAAGUGGGCUCGAAGACUCAGGUGCCGCAGUCGCAUCUCAAUGAAACUGGAAUGAAUGAGUCGUCGAAGAGAACUGCUGUUAAUGCUGCAGCUGAGGAUAUGAAGAACGAUUCUCGUACACAAUUUGAGAGAUUCAGCGUUCCAAUGCUUAGCCCUACUCCAUCUUCUACUCGAUCAGAUGCAAGUGAUGAAAAAUCUCUCGAGAAUUUGAAGAGCGUUCUGAGGCUCUAUGAAGCGGCGCGACGUUGCUCCAGGGAGCCGUCGUCUCGAAUUGAAAGCGCGGAUAUGUUCGCAACUAUGGCUAUCGCUAAUGCCGGCCGACUGUUAAUAGUGGGCAAUUAUUGA